GAAAUCAACAACCAUGGAGGCCGUAAAGGGUACAUUAUUUAGUAUUAUUAACUACUUCCACAAGGAUGACAGGUACAAUCGUGUGACUCUAGGCUUGGAUAGAAAUCCAAGCAUGAAGACGCUUAUCCGCUGGCGGUUUGCUGAUGUGUUUAUUUUGGGUUCUAUGCUGGUAUUGUUCAUGUUCACCUAUUACAUCCCACCGUUCCAAAGACAAUUUUUCGUGGAUGAUUUGACGAUAUCUCAUCCGUUUGCUGAAAACGAGCGGGUAUCCAACUCGGGGCUUUUUUUCUACGCCGUGUGGAUUCCACUAACGGUGAUUAUUAUCAUCGGUCUCAUCUUCACCAAACCUGCUAACAAGGUAUAUGUUACGUAUAUUUCGGUGAUGGGCCUUUUAAUUGCCGUGUUCACCGCGAGUAUCACCACAGACAUCCUCAAGAACUUCAUAGGAAGACAUAGGCCAGACUUCUUGGCCCGUUGUAUACCUCGGGCUGAUACCCCUACUGGUGUCAUGGUGUUCGCCAAAGAUGUUUGUACAACCGAUAAUACAGACCGAUUGAUGGAUGGGUUUAGAACUACGCCUUCUGGACAUUCCAGUAUAAGUUUUUCAGGCCUUGGAUAUCUUUCGUUCUGGCUUGCUGGUCAACUUAUUGUCAAACAUUAUCAGCUGGGAGCAUGGAGAAGUAUAGUGGCAUUCGCACCUAGUUUUGGUGCUUCCUUGAUUGCCUUGAGCAGAACCGAAGAUUAUAGGCACCACUUUAUUGAUGUGAUCAUUGGCUCCAUACUUGGUUUAGGAAUUGGGUACUGGUCGUAUUUCAGGUACUUUCCAUCAUUAACAUCUACAAAAGCGUUUGAACCGCUUAUAAUUAGCAAUGAACACUCUGGAAGCAAAAUUCAUGAUGAGGAUGAGUCUGUCGAGUAUCACACUCUUGAUACCACCCAAGAAGAUGUAUAGAAAGCAUAUGAAAGUAUUAUGUAGCUUAUUUAUUCGUUUCACUUGAAACUAUCUUACUAUCGCUAUUCGCAGUUUCCACACGACAAUAUAUUCAUAUGCG